AUGGCUCCUUCCUCGGGGGGCGCUGUGGGUGCUGAGCGGAAAAGGAUGAUGGAUUUGGCGGCCAUGGAGGCCGCGACGUCGAGUACUCAGCUGACCCUACCUGUCAGCUACAGAAAGUUCAGGGGAGUUGCGCCGCGCAACUAUGUUCUCAAAGCUAUGCUUGAGGGUGAGCAUGCUUCCAUCGAAGACUUCCUGGAAAGGCUCAAUGAGGACGCAAGUGCAGUUGUGGGAUCGGCUGUGCUUGUGGAUGAGCUCUUUCGUGCCCUGGGUGCUAAUCUGGUGCUUCUAGCGAGUGGGGCGGGUCGCUACAUGGACUACGAGGUGCCAAGAGUCGUGCCGCCGCCAGCCACGCAGUACAGGCGGCCGGGUGAUUCAGACGAGCCGCUGCCGGUGGCUCUGCAGUGUACCAAGGUUGUGCCCGUCUUUGAGGCUGUGCUUAAGAAGCCCAGGCUACAGGCAGGCGAGAAGGCCGGUGUCGAUCGAGAAAAUGUCCUACGUCGGUGGCUCUGUGUUCUGAGUCACUCACCUGGUGCCUCGAGGUUGGGGGUUCUCAUUUGGGCGAAAGGCGAAUCUGACCCCUUGGGGGUCGUGGCGCAGGCCUUGGCUGGGAAAGCAACAUCGACUUUGCUUAAGCGAGCCCGAUUUUCUGCACGAUUCAUUUGUUGGGCCGACAAGCAUCAUGUGAAGGCUUUCCCGGUGAGCCUCGAGUUUCUUGUGAGCUUCCUCAAACCACUUGCAGCCGAAGCCAGGAACAGUGCCAUUCGUGAGGCUAUGGAAACUGUGAAUUCCUGGAACAUGUUCUCGGAAUUGAGGUCGAACAAGGUCGAGGAGGUGCUCCUCCUCGAAGGAGCGCUGAUAGAGGGAGCCCUUGACAAGGUGGACAGGAACAUUUCGAAGCUUGAGCUUGACCUUGAUGGCGAUACGGGUUUCAUCGAGGUCAGAACUUAUGAGCACAAGAAUUGCCGGUUGAGCAGUGGACCGGGGGCCGUGCUCAUUUUGGUUGCGCCGUACCAUGGGCUCCACCAGAAGCCUUGGGGCGCCGCUUGGGCAGAGGCGGCGAAGGCCGUUGGCUUCGACUUCGAGAAGGGGCAUCGCGGGCCGUUGCUCCCCCGCCUGGCCUGCGAUUACUCUUGGAGCGGGGAUGCCAUCGAUGCCAACGAGACCACUACAUGGAUCAGGGCGUUGCUUUCACGGCUGCAAGCGGCCGAAGAAGAUCUUACAUUCUCCUCGCACGGCUUGAAGGCAACGCCGCUUUCUUGGACCUCGAAGGCUGGAUACAGUGAGAGGACGCAACUUGUCCUGGGACACCAUAGCUUAGGUCCAAGUGGGAAAACGCAAGAAGCUUACGCUCGCGAAGUGCAGGCGCAGCCGCUACGAGAUCUUGCAGAAUGUCUUGGUGCCAUCCGGCAGGGGGUUUUCCAUCCGGAUCGCACGAAGAGCGGGAUGAUUGCAGGAGGUGCGACCAUCCGUGAGUCGCGAUUCUCUUUGGCACCCUUGGGUCGUGCCAAUCUUUCGCCAUCUCACGAGAGCUUCGAGUGCGCUCCCGAGGUUGAGCUGGCCGAGGAUGGAGGCGUAGAACCUCCUGAUGAUCAGGACCUGGGUGAACAAGAAGACGUUCACGAAGCCUCGAGCAGCGAGUCUGAGAGUUCCGGUGAGUCCGAGGAGGAGACUCAUUAUGAGAGUUUUGGAGCAGGCGAAGCGCAGAAUGCGAUCCCGUCUGUGAACAUGGGCCCUGAUUUAGACAUUUUUCAGAACCCGAAGACCAAGAGCCUUCACUCACGAGCGAAGGGUUCUACUGGCAAGUUGAUCUGUGGAAGGUCGCUUGACAAUAUGAAGCCUUUCAGUGGAAAGGUCUUCAGCAGUAGAUGGCUGUGCAAGCAAUGCACAGCAGGCCGGCCCCUCCGCGACGCAGGGGCCAUGGCGAGUUUCAUCGCUAAGAAGCAGGGAUCGGAGAUCAUGGCGCAAACCCUUGUAGAGUCCAAGGCAGUCUUCCUGGAGCGAGCCAAACGUGUGGGCCUCCCUCAGGAAGCAGUGGAUCGCCUUGUUGCACAGACCAUCGACACGAUGGCGAAGCUGGCGUUCGCCCCUUGCCAGCCCGGCGAGACGCCGACCGAGGAGUCGUUGUCGGCCCUCAUCAAGGUGGGAGGUGCAGCCCCGCCGUUGGGAUCCAUCGCAGCGGUUCGACACCUGGUGUUCGAAGCACAGACCCUCUUGGUCAGCCAGACCAAGGCACUCGUUGAGAACAAGGAGAACGAGGUCAAGGAGUUAGCCCCCGCGGAGCGCCGCGAGCGCAUCCGAGCACAGGCCAACAAACUUAGAGGCAUCACCAUGUCUGGCCAGACUGAGUGCAGCUACGCCUCGUAUGACCUCUGCAUGAAGCUCCUUACUGAUAACUGCAUCAGCUACCUUUCCCCGGCCAAGUUCAUCACUCGUGAAGCUGAGCUGCGUUCCGAGAAACCGCGGAAGGAGUUGGAUGUACAGGCUUCAACACUGGUCGUGAGAGAUCGUGACCCCGAUCAGUCAUGCGAUACUUCCACUGCACUGAGCCUUCACCAUGCCAUGCACCGUCGAAGCCUUGCUCUUGACUUGAUCGGUGUGACUGAUUACUUUAGGGUUCAGGGCUUCGUGGAUUUCCUCUUGGGCCACCUUCAUCAGGAGCCCAUUGCUGGCAGCCGUGCCACUUCUGUGCAACAAAUUCUGCAUGCGGACCGUGCUGCCUGGAUGCGCCUGGCAGAGCUUACCCCCGACGGGAUUCGUCGAGAUGCAGCCGGGGCUUUGCCUCUUGACAGUUUGUGGGCCCGCUUGCAGACUGACCCGAAGGUGAUUUUUCAUCUCCUCCCGGGAGAAGGUGGUGCCCUCAAGCGGGAGAGCACCGAGCUCAAACCUGAGCCCACAGACACCCCGACCAAGAAGCAGCGCAAAGGUACCGGCAAGGGAAAAACCAAGACAUUGCGUGAGCCUAGCAAUCUUCCCGAAGAACUCAAGGGCCUUUCGUCUUGGACUAAGACCGGAAAGCGCCGCUGCUGGGGAUUCAAUAUGGCUAGUGGGUGUCCUAAUGCCAAGGCGAUGGGACAUUUCCCAAGCACUACCCUGUGGUUUGCUGACGGGGACUUUGGCCUUGCUCCGGCGGAGGCCUAUCGCCAGCGGGGCAGCCGGGAGCAAGUGGCAGCAGCGCUGCCGCCUUCUGGUGGGCGACCUGGUGCUGGUGCGGACGCUGAGCUGGUGACGCAGCCGGCUGCUGGCGAGAUUGAGGAGGAUGCGGAGCUGGCUGGGCCUCCCGAAGUGGAGGCGACCAACCAUGGCGACGCUGCUCUUCCUUGGCAGCCGGACAAAGAGCCACCUAGCCCGGCCUCUCCCUGCCUCCUUGGUAACAUGUUUUCUAAGACCGGCCCGUUCGGGGCCCCCUCCGAGAGUGUGGACUUCCUCGGGGGCCCCCUGGGCGCCACGGCCCAAGGUGGCAGUGCGAUCGAGCAGAGCUGUGGCACGGAUUUUCUUGGCGGCCCCAUCUGGACGGUGCCCCAAGCGCAUGCAUAUCCUAGUGCCAGUGUGGAUCAUGUGCAGCCUGUGCAGCAAUCUCUUCCGUGCCUCCCGGUGUGUGUGCAAGUUGGGCUUCCUGCUCUCCAGCGCUGCUUUGCAUUCCUGCAAGGUGUCCGUGUGGGUGAGGCAAAGCACCCGGGCCGCCGGGCCCCUGCAGACGAGCCGAUGCUUUGUGUGUGCCAUGACUGGAAGAGGGGAUGCCGCCUGGGCGAGGCCUCUCACCCUGGGCCUGGCUUCAACCUUGACCUUGGCAACCUUGGGGAUAGCCUUGGCGAUAGCAUCAUGAAGUCGAUCAAGGAGCAGAUCCAGAAGGCAGUUGACGAGGCAAUAAAGCAGGCCCUGGCGUCGCUCAAUCUCGGACGGGGCUUGGCUGCUGCCCGGCCGUCCGGUGAUCCAGACGUGCAGCUUGAGCCAAAGGGCAGGCGCAAGAGGAAACGUAAGGCCAAGCAGGCCACGAGCCACCCAGGUGGCAACCCCGACACUUCGGGCAGCGAGCGUGCUGGUGGCCGCCAGAGCGCAGCCAAAGGCAAGGGCAAGCCUGAAGACAAGUCUGGCCCAGCCAAGGUGGCCCAGCGUGGUGGCCCAGGCGACUCAGGUCAACGCCGGGGCAAGGGCAAGGGCGGCUGUGGUGAAGCAGGCGGGCAGGAAGUCGGUGAUGGCUGGCAGAUCGUCCGGCGCAAGGCUCCGGAAGGCGCCUUCAAGCUUCGAAAAUCUGAUUGGGACGCCCCGGUCGUUGAGUACGCUGCCCUAGCUGAGUUUAUUGACAAGGCUGAUGCCAGCAAGGUCCUCGAACUUGUUGUUUUUGUUUCGGCCGACCAGGUCACGCUUGCUACGAACAUUCUGCGGGGGAGCGGGCUGAGCUUCAAGGCCCUGCUUGUUUUCCUAUCCAAGGAUGAGGAGGCCCAGCGCAUCCCGGGCACCAUUGGGGAUCGCCUGGUCUUCAGGACUGCUAAGGUCCAGAAGCUCACGUCUGCAGGUGCCAGUGGCCAUGCUCCGCAGCCCACCGGCCUGAGCCAAACGUCCAUCAAGAUCAAACCCACUGAAAGUGCAGUCGUCUACUUUAAGGUGCCAAAGCAGUUCGCCUCAGCCGACACUUGGAAGGCUUUCGGGGGCAACGCCUCCAAGGCCGCUGUAGACUGGGUCGCGGCCCACAGGAUCAAGGUGCUCGACACUUUUGCCUGGGUCCUGGAAAAGCAGCGCAACGCAGAUAUUGAGGGCAUCCUGGCCCACUCUGGCAAGGACGGUGUCUUCGUGGAUGCCGCUCGCACCUCAGGGCCCCGGGCGAAGCUCCAAUGGAUCGAGAAGCUUCCCGGCGAGAAGGUGGACGCCUACUUUGAACGUGCCCUGCGCCAGGCUUCCAGCCUGGGCUUGGUCGUCAAUGGGGGGCGAUUGGCGUGGCGAAGUGCCAUGGCGGCUGGAGAAGCAACGGUGCGCAUCUGGCACAUCGAUGGUGUGCCCCACGAGUGGGAUGCGGACGCCGUCGGCCAGCUCUUGGCCACACGCUUCACUGAGUACACCAUCCUGUCGCACCGGCGCACCCGCCUCGGGUCCUGCUUUCGCUUCCGCGGGCAACCUGGAACCGCAGACACGGACCUGGUGCCGUUCGUCGUCGAGCAUCAGGAGAAGCCCUUGUCCUUGUGGGCAACGCUGGCACCUUUCCGUGUCGUUUCCAAGAAGCAGAAGCCUCUCGCCUCGAAGGCCGUCCCGGUCGUUGCUCUCGAGCAGCCUGUCGUUACCACCAUCGUAAAACCUCCCACGGGGGAGCUGGCUACGGGCGAGGACGGCAAGGAAGUGCCCCAGCAGAAACGUGUCAAGCAGGAGGUGCGCACCAAGCCGGCCUCGGCCUUCAAUGGCUUGGUGACUCUCGGCCCAAUCACCCGCGCAUGCUCCGUGCGCAAAUUGGUCGAACACAUGCGCCGGCACGCUACCCAGUACGAGAAGGAAUGGGACGGCAAAGGGCCGGACAGUGAGCCGGUCAAGGACCGGGACUUCUCGGCCUACCUCACUCUUAUGGAGAAGGAGGGGGCAUACUGCUCGGAUGUCGAGCUGAGGGCCCUGGGCCGUGUGCUGGACAUCAAAAUCGUCGUGCUGCCGGCGGGCCUCAACUUUUCUCCUUACGCCUUCCAUAGCAAAGCUGCCAAGAUGCUGGUGUUGUGGUACGAGGAUAACCACGUAGACCUCAUGCUCCCGCCUCAGGGUCACAAGAAGUAUCCAAGUGAGUAUGCCCAGAUCACAGCUGGACCCGUCUUUGGGCUGCGUGCAGGUGGCCGUGGGCCCCCAUCGGUCUUCACUGCCUCCUCUGCUGCCUGUGUUCGAUCCCAGCCAUCCUCUCAGUGGACCUCGGUCAUGGACGGCGAAGGGGCAAAAUCCCAAGCUCGCCCGGCAUCCGUCUGGACCACCUCGAUGCCGGCGAGCGCCUCGGGGAGUGCGGCGGGGCGGCCCUCGAUCGAAGCCCAGCCCUCUUUGCAAGCUAGGCGGCCCAGGUCACAGGUUUCACAGGCAAGGUCUCCAGGCAGCCGGGUGCCGUCGCAGGCAAAGGUGCAGGCCCCUCCCCGGCCGUGCCCACUCAGCACGGUAGAGCUGUGCACUUCGUCCGUUUUCACCUGCGCCUCUACUGGCACUAUCGAGGCCUUCGAUGAAUCCGAGUUUGAGCGAGCUCGUGCGCCCCCGAAGCGCUGCCCUUGGCUGGCCCAUGCCACGGCACCGGCUGACCUCACCUUUCGGUGCAACUUGUGCCCUUACAAGCGCAAGGCCACGAGCAACCACCAGUACUACCACAUCCGCCACAACCACUACCAGCGUGCCCAUGAGGGGCAGGGCCUGCAGCCGGACAUCGGGCGACCCAAGCUCACGCGGGUCUGCGGCCCAAGGGCUCAGUUCAUCUGGUGUUGCCCUUUCUGCAACAAGGGAAUCACGCACGAGACUCGGAAGGACCUUUCUCGAUUCUCCUACUAUGCCCUGCGCAACCAGCAUCGUGCACAGGCCCACCCCGAGGUCUCCAAGGCUGAGUGGCAGCGUCUUGUGGCACUCCCGCAAACCGGGCCCAAGGAUCGCCAGGUGCAUGCCAAAGGGUGCCGCCAGCGCAACCUCACCAAGGCCGUGUUCGCUCAAGUCAGGACCCCUCGCUUUGGGGACCAGAUGCAGCUCUUUGUGUGGCCUCGAGCCAGGUGUGAGAAACGCAGCACCCGGGUCAAGCAUGUCCUCCUUGAGCAUGGUUGGAAGUGCCUCCGGUGCGGUGAGUGCACCAGGGACCUGGCUGCCGCCAAGCAGCAUAGCGAGGGCCGUUGCAAGUCGCAGAGCAACACCCAGAAGCGGAUCCAAAAACUUGAUGCCAUCGAGGCGUGGGCCCGGCGUGCCGGAGGUGCUCCGUGCUGCCGCGGCUGCCAAGCUUGCCAUCUCCAUGCGAAUCCCCUCCUCGCCGUGUUCAUCAAGCUUUUGAGCAUCAAUGCGAACCGCACGGCCAUUUCCAAAGUGGACCUGUGUGCCGACUUCCUCCAGUCCUGUGGGGCUGAGCUCUUGUCUCUCCAGGAGGCUGACAUCAACCCUUUGUCGGCCCACGGUUUUGGUGAGCGCUGGCGUGCCCAUGGCUAUCGGGCUGUUCUCAGUGACAUUGAUGCUGCCAAGGGUGUGCAUAGGGUGGCCUUGGUCGCCUCCCUCCCCAUGCAUCGUGUGAACCUUAAGCUUCCUCCGCAUGUGGCUGCGCGCUGUGCUGCAGGUGCUUUUGAGAUGCAGGCUGCUGGCAGCAAGUGCAUCACCCUUGUGGUGGCCUUCUACGGCUUCCCUGGUCAGCCAGCUGCCACAGCCCAGGCCUUAGGUGAGGUUAGGCGUGCAGCUGCGACCUUCGGCGGCCCCUACAUCUUGCUCGGCGAUUUCAAUGUUGACCAGUCUGAGCAAGCUGUGGUGCAGCUGUUGUGCGAUGGUGAGCUCCGGUCCUUGGAUGAGGCGGACUGGACCCAAGCCGGCCCAACAAAUCCCACGCGCACCCGGCGCAUUGAUUUUGGCCUGGCCCAUUGGUCAAUCAUUGCGACGGCUGUCAAGCAGUUCGAGCGCCCGAACCUUUCGGACCACGGGUGCGUCUUCUACGAAACGCGGUGCCUGAGCCGUGCCGACAGCUUCUCCAUGCCUAAGUUUCGUGAGCUCCCUGCCACGGCCACUGAAGACAUCCUGUCUAACUUUGGUAGGGUCUGGGAUGCCGCACACUUUGAGAGUUCUAUUGCAGGUGGGGCUCUUGAUGAAGCCUGGGCCUUCUUGUCAGACGUGGCCGAGCGCACGCUGGGUGCCACUUCGCUCUUCGAUGCCUCUGGUGCCCGCAGGAGCGACCACUGGCUCCCUUGUGCCCGCCACGAGUCUCACCAUCGUGUCGGCCCCCAGGGUCAUGAGUCCCAGUCCCUCCGUUCAUCUCGCAAGUUGCUUGGGCAAUUGCACCAACUGCGGCAACAGCCCCACUGUCAGAAGCUGUGGCGUGCGGUGGGCCGCCGGGCUGGGCUCCUGCGUGCCACUUUCCCCGACAUCCCUGUGAUACAUGCUGCCAACCUUGCAGGUGCCACCCAGGUGAUCUCUCAUUUGCAUGCUGAGCUUCAGCAGCAGGAGACGGAGGCCAGAGUGCACAGGUGGCGUCGCCGUGUUGAGGAGGAUCCUUCUCGUGCCCUCGCCUGGGUCAAGCGCAAAGCUGACCAUCAGUUGGCCAUGGAGCAAUCUCCUCAGGCCCAUGCUGGUGUCCCUUCCUCUGUUCACCCUGCCUCUAUUGUCGAGGAGCAUGGUAAAGUGUGGCUGCAGCACUGGAAGCCGGAGUCCCCUGUCAACUUCGAUGCCGUGCAGCGCAUCCUUGACCGUGUCCCGGGCGGGCCGCAAUCGGACAUUGUGCUCCAGGUUGAGGCUGAGGCUCUGAUGCGGGCCACCAAGGCAAUGCGGGGGAAAGCGAUGGGCCCUGACCGAUGGUCAGCGGAGCUUCUGCUCCGCCUCCCAGUGCCGUGGUGGGAAGCGGCGGCCACUCUGUGGAAUGCGGUGCUCUCCACGAAGUACGUUCCUCGACUCUGGCGCCGGGCACUGAUUGCCCUGGUGCCGAAGCGCCUGGAUGAAUACCGCCCGAUCGCCUUGUGCCCUGUCAUUUGGCGAGCUGGUGCCCACUGCAUCUCUCGCAAUGUGCUGCCGUGGAUGGACACAUGGCUGGGCCACCACACCUUGGGCGGUGCACCAUGUCGAGGUCCGGGUGACGCUCAUGCCCGGCUCUUUCAUGCGUGGCAGAGCGGCGGCAAAGUCUUUUGCCAGCAGGACCUCACGCGGUUCUUCGACUCACUUGAUGUCAAGGCGGUGGGUAUGGUGCUCCGGCACCUUGGUGCUCCUGCUGGCCUCGCUGAGCUCUUAGCCUCCUUCUACCAGGAUGCCUCGAGGCUCUUUCUGCACGAGGGCCGGUCCAGCAGUGCAUGGGGCAGCCCGGCGCGGGGCCUGGCGCAGGGAUGCCCACUCUCUCCAAUGGCCGCGGUCGCGGUCGGCCAUAUCUGGGCCAUGUGGGUCCAGUCCUUUGCCAAGGGGCUUCUGCAUCGCCUUCGCUUCCUCAAGCUCCUGGGAGGGGAGGUGCCCCAGCUCCGUCGCAUCGUGCUGCAGCUGGUCCACUCGGCCAUGUUUUGGGCUGGUGGUGUCGCCUGCCCGGACCGCGACUGCUUGCGCGACGUCUGGCACUCCACUUGUGCUGUCCUGCAAAAGCACGCCACCUUCGAGUCUCCUAAAGUCUUGCUGUGUGCCUCCUUUGGCUGGAGUUUGGACCCUGAAUGGGCGGCGGACUGGGCAUCCCUGCGGGCUGCCUGGCGUUUCAAGGCUCGGCCCCCGGCAUGGCUCGACACUGCUGGGCUCGAUGUUGCUUGUGGUGACUGGCGUCGCUUCCUCCCUGGUGCGGCAGCGGUUGUGCAAAGGUUAGGCUGGCAGGUCCAAGGCAAUGGCGCCAUCCUGGCACGGCUCGACGAUUCGGGCACCCUCCGUCAGUGCCACCUUGGCUGGGAAUCCUUUGAUGUGGUCAAGCGCUGGCUUGUGGACCACUACAAGUGGCAGGGCGUGCAUUCGUGUGGGCGGAUCCGCAAUCGUGGCCACCGCGAUGAUGCAACGUUGGCCCGUGGUCUCAGCCUGGGGGCCCCGCUUCGCAGUGCUCGGUUUGCGCUUGAAGGUCACCGCCUUGCAGUCGCGGCUGAGCCUACACGUGAAGUUCGCCUUGGCUCGGGCGGCUCCAUUUGGUACCACUGCAAACGGCUGGAGAUGAGCUCACCCGACACCACGGCGUGUGUUUGUGGCCUCUUGCAGCCCAGCCGAGCGCAUCUCACCUGGUGUUGCUCCUCAACGACGGGAUUGCGGCAAGGUCUCGCACCUCCUUCCACCCGUGCUGGUGAACGGCUCUUUGCAGCCGAAAUCCCUGAGUACCCUGCAGCUCCUGCAGCUUCGGACUUUGAAAACACCCUUCAGAGCAUUGUGGCGCAUCUUCGCAACUUCGCUACUGUGGGCGAGCGUCUGCUCAUCGCGACCGAUGGCAGUGCUAAGUUUGAUGUUGGCGGCUGCGCCGUGAUCUUCGGAAGCGGCGAUGGCGCCUUCGUCUUCGGUGAUGCCUGUGAAGACCAGUCGGCUUUCCGAUGUGAGCUCCUCACUUUGACGACCCUCUUCGAGGCGAUCUCUCGUGCGCAGUUGGCCCCAGGCUGUCAGGUUGGCAUCCUGGUGGAUUGCAGCUCUGCUCUUCAGGCUGUGGCGCAACCUGAGGCGUGCUCCAUGCCUCUCCUGGCUCACAAGGCUGCGAGGCUACUCCGUGAUGUGCGUGCCGGUGGCUUGGACCUGAAGAUUUCGUGGACUCCUGCACAUGGUCGGCGGCCCAACUGGACUGCUCCCUGGGGCCUAACGGCCGACCGCUGCAGGGACCUCAACGAACGGGCCGAUGCGGCUGCCAACAGCAUUCGCGAGCACCGGGCUCGUGGAUCGGGCAGGGUGAGCUGGCAUGCAGAGCUUCAUCGUGCAGCGCUUUGGGAGCGGGGGGCCAUCUUGGCUUCUGCUGGUGCCUCCAAUGUCUUGGCGCAGCACCUUCGUGCGAGGCGGCCGGCUCGUAUCAUUCAAGAUGAUCCGUGUAACCAAAGACGUUACUGGACGCGCAGCUCGGGACUUCGUUGCGAUGCCCGCAUCUGCGACCGUCAUGUGAACAUGUGGCGCAUUGCUUCAGCCGACGAGGAUCAGUUCGACGCACCGAGUGAAAACAUCUGA